GACUUCUAAAUCAUACAUGACCAGUCACUGUGGCAGAGUUUGUCGUGCAUUUCACGAAUUUUUUUCUAGAAACUAAUCUAGAUACUUAGUUCGGAGGAUCCUCGAUACGGUUAUUUUAACGCAGAAUCGCUUGACAAGAGCGUUUUUUCUUCAGAAUUCAUGGUUUUCGAGGGGUUAGAAGCAGAACCCACCUAGACGAUUGGUUUGCAAGGAGUAUCAGAUCUUCAACCUGAUGCACAGAGGGACGUUAGAGUAGCUAGUUGUUUGCAGAAUUCUUUACGUUCGUCCUCUAUAUGUGGUUUGAGUUCGAAGGAUUUGCAGAGAAUUCCUAGCACACAACUAUUGACGGAUGGUUUGGAGUUUUUGGGGAGCCAUUACAACGGUUUGGCUUGGUUAUCGAGAGGGUUCAGAGGAGUGCGCUCAGGAAUUUACUGGGCUCCAGGGCGGCUGCGGAGUGGGAUAUUGACAAGAACGAAACAAAACCCAGAGGGAUGGCGAGUAUCAAACUGGUGGGAGUGGUGGGUGCAGGGCAAAUGGGGUCUGGUAUAGCGCAGGUAGCUGCCUCGGCGAAUAUGCAAGUGAUCAUCGCUGACGUUAGUACUGCCGCCCUGGAGCGUGGCAUGCGAGCUAUCUCUUCCUCGCUUUCGAAAUUUGUCAAGAAACAAACGCUCUCCCAGGAGGAGGCAGACGCAACGAUGGCAAGAUUGAGAGUGACCACAUCUUUGCAAGAGAUGCACGACGCAGAUGUGGUGAUCGAAGCAGUGGCUGAGAAUGAGGGAUUGAAGAUUCAUAUAUUUAAGGAGCUUGAUAGGUUGCUUAAGCCUUCCGCAAUCUUGGCUUCCAACACGAGUUCCAUCUCCUUAACCCGCCUCGCAGCUGCCACCCAGCGUCCAAAUCAGGUGAUAGGUAUGCAUUUCAUGAAUCCUCCUCCGUUGAUGGAGCUUGUGGAGAUUGUGCGCGGGAUGUCGACUGGAGAUGAAGUAUUCGACACUAUCAAGGCUUUGGCGGAGAGGUGUGGGAAAACUGUGACUUGCUCCAAGGACUACCCUGGUUUCAUCGUCAACCGUGUGCUGAUGCCCAUGAUUAACGAAGCUUUCUACUGCUUAAUGGAGGGGAUUGCUUCUCCCAACGACAUUGACACCGGCAUGAAGCUGGGCACAAACCAGCCAAUGGGGCCACUUGCUCUUGCCGACCUCAUUGGUUUGGAUACAUGUCUAUCCAUCAUGCGUAUGCUUCAUGAGGGGCUUGGUGACUCAAAAUAUCGGCCGUGCCCCCUUCUAGUGCAGCAUGUAGAUGCCGGAUGGUUGGGACGCAAGAGCGGCCGAGGUGUUUACUUCUAUACUUCAAACUUGUGAUUUCUCAGGUACAUAAUGUCUCCAGGUUUAUAAUCACGGUCUUCGUAGUGA